GCUCCUCCCGCCGCGGCGCCUGCAGCCGCAGUGACAGACAAGCCGGGCCUGGUGCGGAGAGGAAGCGCGGCGGCCGCAGAGCCAGCUCCGCCGAGGCCGGCUCCCCGGGCGCCUCCGGAGACAGCGUCGCCGCCGCGGGCGCAGAGCGGGCACCGCUGGGCCGAGCCUAGCGCCGGGCGGAGGCUGCGGCGGAGACGCGGGGAAAAUGGCUGAUGACUUUGGCUUCUUCUCGUCAUCGGAGAGCGGGGCCCCCGACGCGUCCGAGGAGGACCCGGCGGCCGCCUUCCUGGCCCAGCAGGAGAGUGAGAUCGCCGGCAUAGAGAAUGAUGAGGGCUUCGGGGCACCUGCGGGCGGCCAGGCGGCCCCCGCGCAGCCGGGACUCGCGAGCGCGGGUGGCUCUGAAGACAUGGGUACUACAGUCAAUGGAGAUGUGUUUCAGGAGGCCAACGGGCCUGCGGAUGGCUAUGCAGCGAUCGCCCAGGCUGACCGGCUGACACAGGAACCCGAGAGCAUCCGCAAAUGGAGAGAAGAGCAGAAGAAACGGCUGCAGGAGCUGGAUGCUGCCUCUAAGGUGACGGAACAAGAGUGGCGGGAGAAGGCUAAAAAGGACCUAGAGGAGUGGAACCAGCGCCAGAGCGAGCAAGUGGAGAAGAACAAGAUCAACAACCGGAUUGCCGACAAAGCCUUCUACCAGCAGCCAGAUGCUGACAUCAUCGGCUAUGUGGCAUCCGAGGAGGCUUUCGUGAAGGAAUCCAAGGAGGAGACACCAGGCACUGAGUGGGAGAAGGUGGCCCAACUGUGUGACUUCAACCCCAAGAGCAGCAAGCAGUGCAAAGACGUGUCCCGCCUGCGUUCGGUGCUCAUGUCCCUGAAGCAGACGCCGCUGUCCCGUUAGGUGCCUGCCCACAGCAGCACGGCCACAUGUCACGGGCGGAAUGGGGUGGUGGUGGGGUGCAGCUCUUCAGGCAGGACACACGCUGCCUCCAGCAGCUGCUGCACACAGCCUGUUCUGUUUCUCCUCAUCUCCUGGGCCUGGGCAGGGGACCCGUCACCCCUCUCCCUCUGCCCCUCCCGGCACUAUAGCCCAGUCCCUCAUGCCUCCCAUCAGUCCACUCAGUUGUGACUGUUCCUCCUGAUGUAUUUUUUUUUCUUGGCUUAAACAGUGUGUUGUUAACUCUUUUUACACUUAUUUAUUACCAUUCUCGUUUCUCUGGAAGCCA